CUGGGAUAAUUGUUGCACAAUUAAGGAAUCAGCGAGGAUAGGGAAGAGAUCUCUGUGCACGGCCGUAGUCCGGCGUCACCCCAUAUGUUUCUCCGGCCCUGAUAACGGAACGUACCGGGGCCCCCUUUUUGUAGGACGCCUCACCCGCGGUAUAUCUACGCUUGCGUUAGUGUGGAAUAUAUCAAAUUCGAUGAAGGCUAUAUAGCCAGUCAUCCUCGCAAAGGAACCCGCCCCAUACACGCAGAUUGUUCACGAAGUGGUAACCUUUCCAUCGAUAGUCCUAAAUCAACGACGCAGUUCUGCCAACAAAGCUAUGGAAUCGUUAUCAUUUCCAGUUCUUGCGCGCGCUGACGCCGCUGGAAGCUCUUCGUCCACUCCAAGUUGGAUGGAAGCCAGACUGAAGGUCAACACGGCGAUGGUUUCAAACUAUGCUAUAUCUCUCGCAGCUCUUAUUGGCAUAUUCAUUCUCGGCCACUGGGCUCGUCGACUUGCAGGGAAUGCGUCUCGGUCUGUGAUCUUUUAUCCUGUAACGGCAUUGUCAAGGUCUCUUCGAAAAUUAUUUCUUCGACGACUGCCUGGCUUUACAUCUGUUGGGCAUGCCGUAGUUGUCAUUAUCUAUGUAGCAUUCAACGCCGUCUUCAGCUUUUGGCAACUUGACACCAGCAAAAAGGGAAAUGUGGCUUCACGAUUCGGGUGGAUGGCUGCUGCAAAUUUCGCAUUUGUAGUUUUUCUCGCGCUCAAGAACACACCUCUCGCAAUCCUAACGGCAUACUCGUAUGAGCGGCUGAAUAGCCUUCACCAAAUCGCUGGGUAUACUACUCUUGUAUACACCAUUCUACAUGCCUCGGUAUACACUGAAUUUUUCAUAACUGCCGGGCGGAUAUACAUUCUUCAAGAGCAUAUCGUCACGGCUGGCAUCGUCGCCGGCUUCGGAAUGCUCUUUACAGUUCUCGCUGGUAUGAUCCUAAAACGGCGGAAUUACGAACUUUUCUAUAUUAUUCAUCUGGCCUUGUUCGUGGUUAUUGUUGUCACCUUCGGUUUGCAUCGACCGCAACUUGAAAGCGAGAAGGCUUUGGGAAUCACUAUCUUCGUUGCCGCCCUCUGGGGCGCUGAUAGGCUCAUCCGGAUGGGUCGCUUGGCUUUCAACAGCAUCAAUAAUGAAGCUACAGUCUUCCCACUGCCGAAUGGCGGUACCCGCGUUGUAAUCAAGAAGCAGAUUAUGCGUGCCCGACCUGGGAAGCAUUGUUACGUCUGGCUGCCACAUAUCCGCAAAUUCGAAACACACCCUUUUACCAUUGUAGCCAGCGAUCCCCUGGAGCUUAUCAUUAAUUCACACAGCGGGUUCACAAGGGAUUUGCACCAGUAUGCUAGCAACAACCCAGGUGCUACCCUCAAGGUAUCGGUUGAAGGGCCGUACGGAACGCUCCCGGACCCUACGGACUACGACAAAGUCGUGCUGGUCGCAGGUGGAACGGGUGCCACCUUCACCUUUGGUUUAGCAGCGGAUAUGAUUCGGAGGCUAAGCCCGGACUCAAACAAACAGAUUGACUUCAUAUGGGUGUCGCGCAGUCGUGAGAGUAUGAAUUGGUUCACGCAACAUCUCGACAACCUAGUCAACCACGAAUGCGCCCCUAAGCUUGGCCUCAAGAUUCACUUGACGAGAGCUAACACGAUUGAUUCGACACCAGCGAGUAACUCGGGCCUACUACCCCACAUCUUCGCCGACUCAGAACCCAAGUGUUCACCUGCUCUAGAAAAGGAGAUGCAGUCAGGAUCAGGCACAGAUUCCUCUUCCGAAUCUCUCCGAGAGAGAGACCCGGAAAAGAAUAACAACGGGUCAGUGAGGGGGUCUACAUCAGCUAUUGACGAGCUGAAUCUUCCUAUCAUACACGGUCGCCCUGAUAUCAAGACCUCAGUUCGCGAGGCGAUAUUAUCGGCGGACAAGAACGAACGGGUCCUCGUCGCGGCAUGCGGUCCUACGGGACUGGUUGAUAUCGUGCGGAAUACCACGGCGAGCUGUAUCAGCGUCGACGGCCCGUCUGUUGAGUUGCACUGUGAGCAGUUCGGGUGGUAAUGCGGGCUACGAUGUCUAGUUUGUUUCGUAUCUUUGGGAGUUUCUGGAGCAUAGUAGGGUUUUUUCUUUCC